CUAUCCUCAUGUAUAUUAUUCCUUCGCACAAAAACUCUCAUCACAUUCUCGUAAGCUCACUCAUCUUGAUCAAACAAAAAUAUAUAUAAAUAUACAUACAGUACACAAUGAAACCCAUAACAAGCUUUCUCUUAGCCAUUCUGGUCAUCACAGUCUCAGUCUCUCUGGCAACCCGACCCGAAUCUGACAGGUCAUUCUCAGCCCAGCUCAAACACUCCAAGGACAAACCCAACAACAACAACAACAACAAUAAAGGUGGUGAAAGUGGAAGUGGAGGUGGAACUGGAAAUGAUGGUGGCAUGGGCGGGUUCUUUAGUCCUGGAGGCGGGUUCAACAUACCUGGGUUUGGAAAUGGUGUUGGAGGCGGGUAUGGAGGCGGGUUUGGAGGUCCAAAUGGAGGGUACUCAAAAGGUGGUAUAAUAAGGCCCACAGUGGUGUGUAAAGACAAGGGUCCAUGUUACAACAAGAAGCUCACAUGUCCAGCCAAGUGCUUCACUUCCUACAGCAACUCAGGCAAGGGUUAUGGAGGUGGUGGUGGUGGUGGUGGCUGCACCAUGGAUUGCAAGAACAAAUGUAUUGCUUAUUGUUAGACCUUUGCUUACUAAUAGCACAGGCUUGCUUGUAAUAGUUUCUAUAAUCACUAGUAGUUAUCACUUAAGAGUAAGUAUGAGAUGUAGUUUGUAUAACAUAUGCUAUUAUUAUGUUAUAUUACAUAUAUGGUAUUUAUGUAAGAGUUUCCCUUUUUUUUUGUUUUUUUGUUUUUUUUGUUUUUGGUUACUCCAAACUAAAUUCCUACCUCUUAUUGGGCUCUAGGAUUUAUAAUAAAUAAAUAAGCGGAGAAUAUGUGGUGGCUUA